AUGGUGGAGGUGGGGGUUCUUAGGGGAGUCUUGGUGACCAAAGAUAUUGGCCCAGUGACCCUCACAGCGGACCCCGCGGUGUUUCAGAGGGAGCUGAGAGAACUCUAUGUGCAGGGAGGUGGUGACUGCCCGGAGAUGAGUGUGGGGGCCAUUAAGGCUGCCGUGGAGGUUGCCAACCCCGGCUCCUUCAUCUACGUCUUCUCGGAUGCCCGCGCCAAAGACUAUCACAAGAAGGAAGAGCUGCUGCGUCUCCUGCAGCUCAAACAAUCACAGGUGGUCUUUGUGCUGACGGGGGACUGUGGCGACCGCACCCAUCCUGGCUACCUGGCCUAUGAGGAGAUCGCUGCCACCAGCUCUGGGCAGGUGUUCCACCUGGACAAGCAGCAAGUGACAGAGGUGCUGAAGUGGGUGGAGUCGGCGAUCCAGGCCUCCAAGGUGCACCUGCUGUCCACAGACCACGAGGAGGAGGGGGAGCACACAUGGAAACUCCCCUUUGACCCCAGCCUGAAGGAGGUCACCAUCUCAUUGAGUGGGCCAGGGCCUGAGAUUGAAGUCCAAGAUCCACUGGGGAGGAUCCUGCAGGAGGACGAGGGCCUCAAAGUGCUUCUCAACAUCCCUGACUCGGCCAAGGUCGUAGCCUUUAAGCCUGAGCAUCCUGGGCUGUGGUCCAUCAAGGUCUAUAGCAGUGGCCGCCAUUCCGUGAGGAUCACAGGCGUCAGCAACAUUGACUUCCGAGCCGGCUUCUCCACUCAGCCCUCGCUGGACCUCAACCGCACCCUCGAGUGGCCCUUGCAAGGGGUCCCCAUCUCCCUGGUGAUCAAUUCCACGGGCCUGCAGGCACCUGGCCUCCUAGACUCGGUGGAGCUGGCACAGAGCUCAGGGAAGCCCCUCCUGACCCUGCCCAUGAAGACCCUCUCCAAUGGCUCCACCCAUCAGCUGUGGGGCGGGCCGCCCUUCCACACCCCCAAGGAGCACUUCUACCUCAAGGUGAAGGGCAAGGACCAUGAGGGAAACCCCCUCCUUCGUGUCUCUGGAGUGUCCUACAGUGGGAUGGCCCCAGGCGCUCCCCUCGUCAGCAUGGCCCCCAGGAUCCAUGGCUACCUGCACCAGCCCCUGCUGGUCUCCUGCUCGGUGCACAGCGCCCUUCCCUUCCGGCUACAGCUGCGGCGAGGUGAAGCCAGGCUGGGCGAAGAGAGGCACUUUCAGCAGUCAGGAAACAGCAGCUGGGAGAUCCCGCGGGCCUCCAAGGCCGAGGAGGGCAUGUACGAGUGCACAGCCAUCAGCAGGGCUGGGAUCGGGCGAGCAAAGGCCCAGAUUGUCGUCACAGAUCCCCCGCCGCAGCUGGUCCCUGCUCCCAACGUGACCGUGUCCCCAGGGGAGACUGCCAUCCUAUCCUGCCAGGUCCUAGGCGAGGCCCCCUACAACCUGACGUGGGUCCGGGACUGGCGAGUCCUGCCGGCCUCGACGGGCCGAGUCGCCCAGCUGGCUGACCUGUCCCUGGAGGUCAGGGGCAUCAUCCCCACAGAUGGCGGGAGGUACCAGUGCAUGGCCAGCAACGCCAAUGGGGUCACAAGGGCAUCCGUCUGGCUCCUGGUGCGAGAGGCCCCACAGGUCAGCAUCCACACCAGCUCCCAGCACUUCUCCCAGGGUGUGGAGGUGAAGGUCAGCUGCUCAGCCUCUGGGUACCCCACACCCCACAUCUCCUGGAGCCGUGAGGGCCAAACCCUACAAGAGGACAGCAGUGGGGAGGAGGCUGUGCUGGUGUGUAAGGCGUCCGGGGUCCCCCCACCCCGAGUCAUCUGGUAUCGAGGGGGUCUUGAAAUGAUCCUGGCCCCUGAGGGCUCCAGCUCUGGGAAGCUGCGGAUCCCGGUGGCUCAGGAGAGAGAUGCUGGCAUCUACACCUGCCGGGCUGUCAAUGAGUUGGGUGACGCCUCUGCAGAAAUCCAGCUGGCGGUUGGACAUGCGCCCCAGCUGACGGAGCUGCCCCGGGAUGUCACUGUGGAACUGGGAAGGAGUGCCCUCUUGGCAUGCCGGGCCACAGGCCGCCCGCCCCCGAUGGUCACCUGGCGCCGUGGAGACGGCCAGCCUCUGGGACUCAGGCUGGGGGCCGGGCGAGGCAGCAAGUCUCGGCAGCCAGAUUCGGGAGUGCUGUUCUUUGAAAGUGUGGCCCCAGAAGACCAGGCCUCGUAUGUCUGUGAAGCUCGAAACGUCUUUGGGAAGGUCCAAGCCGAGGCCCAGCUCAUCGUCACUGGUCACGCCCCGCCACAGAUCGCCAGCAGCGCCCCCACCGUCCGGGUCCUGGAGGGGCAACCUGUGUCCCUGCCCUGCAUCGUCCUGGCUGGGCGGCCCCUCCCGGAAAGGCACUGGCUCAAGGAUGGCCGGCCCCUCCCAUCUGGUAACCGGCAUUCCAUCCGAGCGGAUGGCAGCCUCCACCUUGACCGAGCGUUGCAGGAGCACGUGGGGAGGUACCGGUGUGUGGCCACCAACACGGCCGGCUCUCGGCAUCGGGACGUGGAGCUGGUGGUCCAGGUGCCACCUAGAAUCCAUCCUACUGCCACCCACCACAUCACCAAUGAAGGGGUUCCGGCCUCUCUCCCCUGCGUCGCUUCAGGAGUUCCCACCCCCACCAUCACCUGGACCAAGGAAACCAAUGCCCUGACCUCCAGAGGUCCCCACUACAAUGUGAGUAAGGAGGGCACCCUGCUCAUCGCCCAGCCGUCCGCCCAGGAUGCAGGGGCCUAUGUCUGCACGGCCACCAACACCGUGGGCUUCUCCAGCCAGGAGAUGCGGCUUUCUGUCAACACCAAACCCAGGAUCCACAUGAAUGGGUCACGUAAUGCAGAUGUGCCUCUGAGAGUCACAGCGAAGGCUGGCGAAGAGGUGACCCUGGAUUGCGAGGCCGAGGGCUCCCCACCCCCACUGGUCACCUGGACGAAGGACUCCCACCCUGUACCGCCCAUCACCAACAGGCAUGGCCUCCUCCCGUCUGGCUCCCUGCGUCUGGCCCAGGUCCAGGUGGGUGACAGCGGCCACUACGAGUGCACAGCCAGUAACCCUGCGGGGUCCACCUCCCGGCGCUACGUCCUUGGGGUGCAAGUCCCCCCUCAGGUGCAGCCAGGCCCUCGGGUUCUGAAGGUGCUGGUGGGAGAAGCCCUGGAUCUGAACUGUGUGGCUGAGGGUAACCCAGAGCCCCAGCUGAACUGGUCCAAGGAUGGUGUGGUUCUGCGGGGCCGCGGGCCUGAGGACUCCGUCCACUUCGCAGCCGUCAGAACCUCUGAUGCCGGGAGGUACCGCUGUGAGGCCUCCAACAGCGCCGGGGUGGACGCCUGGGAGGUGGAGCUCAGGGUUCUGGAGCCACCACACUGGGGUGCUGAUGAGACCAGCGGCCUGCUGGAGCGAGUGGCCGGAGAGAACGCCAGCCUGCCGUGCCCCGCCAGAGGAACGCCCAAGCCGCAGGUCACAUGGCGGAAGGGCCUGUCCUCGGAGCCCCUGCAUGACCGGCCAGGUGUGGCGGUGCUGGAAGAGGGCUCUCUAUUCCUGGCCUCCGUCUCACCCACGGACAGUGGAGACUACGAGUGCCAGGCCACCAACGAGGUGGGCUCCACGUCCAGGAGAGCCAAGCUGGUGGUCUAUGUGCCCCCCAGCAUCCGGGAGGAUGGGCGCAAGGCCAACGUGUCGGGCAUGGCCGGGCAGUCCCUGACGCUGGAGUGUGACGCAAACGGUUUUCCGGUCCCUGAGAUCGUGUGGCUGAAGGACGGGCAGCUGAUCCCUAAGGUGGGUGGCCACCGCCUGCUGGACGGGGGCCAGUCCCUCCACUUCCCCAGGAUCCAGGAGCGUGAUUCUGGGCUCUACUCCUGCCGGGCAGAGAACCAGGCUGGGACCGCCCAGAGGGACUUCCGUCUCCUUGUGCUCACCCCUCCUUCCGUGCUUGGAGCCGGGGCCGCUCAGGAGGUGCUGGGAUUGGCUGGUGCAGACGUGGAGCUGCAGUGUUGGACCUCAGGGGUCCCCACGCCCCAGGUGGAGUGGACCAAGGACAGGCAGCCUGUCCUUCCGGGAGGCCCUCACCUGCAGGUCCAGGAGGAUGGCCAGGUUCUCAGGAUCACCAGCAGUCACGUGGGGGAUGAGGGACGAUACCAGUGUGUGGCCUUCAGCCCAGCUGGUCAGCAGGCCAGGGACUUCCAGCUCCGAGUUCAUGCGCCCCCCACUAUCUGGGGCUCCAACGAGACAGGUGAGGUGGCUGUCAUGGAGGGCCACCUGGUGCAGCUUCUGUGUGAGGCCCGAGGAGUGCCCACCCCAAACAUCACCUGGUUCAAGGAUGGGGCCCUGCUCCCCGCCAGCCCCGAGGUGGUCUACACUAGGGGCGGUCGGCAGUUGCAGCUGGGGAGGGCCCAGAGCUCAGAUGCCGGCGUCUACACCUGCAAGGCCAGCAAUGCUGUGGGGGCCGCAGAGAAGGCCACCAGGCUGGACGUUUAUGUCCCACCCACCAUCGAGGGCGCCGGCGGAAGACCAUACGUGGUGAAGGCUGUGGCUGGGAGGCCCGUGGCGCUGGAGUGCGUGGCCAGAGGCCACCCGCCCCCGACCCUCACCUGGCAUCACGAAGGGCUGCCUGUGGCAGAGAGCAACGAGUCUCAGCUGGAGACAGGAGGCAGCGUGCUAAGGCUGGAGAGCCCGGGGGAGGCAUCCACGGGCCUGUACAGCUGUGUGGCCAGCAGCCCUGCCGGGGAAGCCGUGCUGCAGUACUCCGUGGAGGUGCAGGUGCCCCCACAGCUCCUGGUGGCUGAAGGCUUGGGACAGGUGACCACCAUCGUGGGACAGCCCCUGGAACUUCCCUGCCAGGCCUCAGGCUCCCCGGUACCCACUAUCCAGUGGCUGCAGAAUGGUCGCCCAGCUGAGGAGCUGGCCGGGGUGCAGGUGGCCUCACAGGGGACCACACUGCACAUUGACCAUGUGAAGCUGGACCACUCAGGCCUCUUCGCCUGCCAGGCCACCAAUGAGGCGGGCACUGCCGGGGCCGAGGUGGAGGUGUCUGUGCAUGAGUUCCCAUCUGUCAGUAUCAUUGGGGGUGAGAACAUCACAGCUCCUUUCCUGCAGCCUGUGACCCUCCGAUGUGUAGGGGAUGGGGUGCCUACCCCAAGCCUCCGUUGGUGGAAGGAUGGUGUAGCCCUGGCAGCCUUUGGGGGGAACCUACAGAUUGAGAAGGCGGACCUAAGGGACGAGGGCAUCUACACUUGUGCCGCUACCAACCUGGCUGGGGAGAGCAAGAGGGAAGUGGCCCUGAAGGUUUUGGUGCCCCCCAACAUCGAGCCAGGCCCAGUCAACAAGGCAGUGCUGGAAAAUGCCUCAGUGACCUUGGAGUGUCUGGCUUCGGGCGUGCCUCCUCCUGAUGUCUCCUGGUUCAAGGGCCACCAACCUAUCUCUUCUUGGAUGGGAGUGACAGUAUCAGCAGAUGGGAGAGUUCUCCGCAUUGAGCAAGCCCAGCUUUCUGAUGCUGGGAGCUACCGCUGUGUGGCAUCCAAUGUGGCAGGUAGCACAGAGCUGCAGUUUGGCCUACGGGUCAAUGUGCCCCCUCGAAUCACGCUGCCACCCAGCCUGCCAGGCCCUGUGUUGGUCAACACCCCUGUCCGUCUGACCUGCAAUGCCACCGGUGCCCCCGGCCCCAUACUGAUGUGGCUGAAGGAUGGAAACCCUGUGUCCCCUGCAGGGACCCCUGGCUUGCAGGUCUUCCCUGGGGGCCGGGUCCUCACCUUGACCAGCGCCCGGGCCUCCGACUCUGGGAGGUACUCCUGCGUGGCUGUGAGCGCGGUGGGCGAGGACCGCCGGGAUGUCGUCCUGCAAGUCCACAUGCCCCCGAGUAUCCUCGGAGAAGAGCUGAAUGUGUCCGUCGUGGCCAAUGAGUCGGUGGCCCUGGAGUGCCAGAGCCACGCCAUGCCCCCUCCUGUGCUGAGCUGGUGGAAGGACGGGCGGCCCCUGGAACCACGGCCUGGAGUCCACCUCUCCGCAGACAAAGCCUUGCUGCAGGUGGACAGAGCUGAUGUGUGGGAUGCGGGCCGCUACACCUGUGAGGCGCUGAAUCAGGCCGGCCGCUCAGAGAAACACUACAAUCUCAACGUCUGGGUCGCUCCAGUGUUCCCCUCGAGGGAAUCCCACACCCUGACUGUGAGCGAGGGACAUCCUGCCAGGCUGUCCUGCGAAUGCCGGGGCGUCCCCUUCCCCAAGAUCUCCUGGAGGAAGGACGGUCAACCCCUCCCCGGGGAAGGGGCUGGCCUCCAGCAGGUGUCGGCUGUGGGGAGGCUGCUGUACCUGGGACAGGCCCAGCUGGCUCAGGAAGGAACAUACACCUGUGAGUGCAGCAACGUGGCGGGGAACAGCAGCCAGGACCUGCAGCUGGAGGUGCACGUUCCCCCUCAGAUUGCCGGUCCCCAGGAGCUUCCCACACAGGUCUCUGUGGUCCAGGAUGGAGUGACCACUCUGGAGUGCAACGCCACAGGGAAACCCCCUCCGACAGUGACAUGGGAGCAGGACGGCCAGCCCGUGGGGGCCGAACUGGGCCUGCAGCUGCAGAACCAGGGUCAGAGCCUGCGUGUAGAGAGGGCCCGGGCUGCCCAUGCCGGACGCUACAGCUGCGUGGCCGAGAACCUGGCUGGGAGGGCAGAGAGGAGGUUUGAGCUCUCUGUGCUGGUGCCCCCAGAGCUCAUCGGAGACUUGGACCCGCUGACCAACAUCACUGCCGCCUUGCACAGCCCCUUAACUCUGCUCUGUGAAGCUACAGGGAUCCCGCCCCCGGCCAUCCGCUGGUUCCGAGGGGAGGAGCCUGUCAGCCCUGGGGAGGACACCUACCUGCUGGCAGGUGGCUGGAUGCUGAAGAUGACUCAGACACAGGAGCAAGACCGUGGCCUCUACUCAUGCCUGGCAAGCAACGAGGCUGGGGAGGCACGGAGGAACUUCAGUGUGGAGGUGCUGGUUCCUCCCAGUAUUGAGAACGAGGACCUGGAGGAGGUGAUCAAAGUCCCUGAGGGACAGACUGCCCAUCUGAUGUGCAACGUCACAGGCCACCCACAGCCCAAGCUCACAUGGUUCAAAGAUGGCCGGCCCCUGGCUGGUGGAGACGCCCACCAUAUCUCCCCAGACGGAGUCCUCCUGCAGGUCCUCCAGGCAAACCUGUCCAGUGCUGGCCACUACUCCUGCAUUGCAGCCAACGCUGUUGGGGAGAAGACCAAACACUUCCAGCUCAGUGUCCUGUUGGCUCCCACCAUCCUGGGAGUGGCUGAGGACAGUGCAGACGAGGAGGUGACUGUGACCAUCAACAACCCCAUCUCUCUGAUCUGCGAGGCGCUGGCCUUCCCUUCCCCCAACAUCACCUGGAUGAAGGACGGGGUCCCUUUUGAGGCCUCUAGGAACAUCCAGCUGCUCCCAGGUACCCACGGGCUGCAGAUCCUGAAUGCCCAGAAGGAAGAUGCCGGUCAGUAUACCUGCGUGGUCACCAACGAGCUCGGGGAGGCCGUGAAAAACUACCACGUGGAAGUGCUCAUCCCCCCUUCCAUCUCCAAAGACGACCCCUUAGGGGAGGUCGGCGUGAAGGAGGUGAAGACCAAGGUCAACAGCACCUUGACCCUGGAGUGUGAGAGCUGGGCUGCGCCCCCACCCACCAUCCACUGGUACAAGGAUGGACAGCCCGUGACCCCCAGCCCGCGGCUGCAUGUCCUGGGCGAAGGGCGACUGCUCCAGAUCCAGCCCACGCAGGUCUCAGACUCAGGGCGGUACCUGUGUGUGGCCACCAACGUGGCUGGCGAGGAUGACCAGGACUUCAACGUGCUCAUCCAGGUGCCCCCCAUGUUCCAGAAGGUGGGUGAUGCCAGUGCAGCCUUCGAGAUUCUGUCCCGGGAGCAGGAGGCCCGGGGCGGAGUAACGGAAUACAGGGAGAUUGUGGAGAACAACCCAGCCUACCUGUACUGCGACACCAACGCAAUCCCACCCCCGGAGCUCACCUGGUACAAAGAGGAUCGGCCCCUCUCGGCCGGGGAUGGGGUGUCUGUGCUGCAAGGAGGCCGGGUCCUGCAGAUCCCCCUGGUGCGGGCGGAGGAUGCCGGGAAGUACUCUUGCAAGGCAUCCAACGAGGUGGGCGAGGACUGGCUGCACUACGAGCUGCUGGUGCUGACCCCACCUGUGAUCCUGGGCGCCACAGAGGAGCUGGUGGAAGAGGUGACGGUGAAUGCCAGCAGCACCGUCAGCCUGCAGUGCCCGGCCCUGGGAAACCCCGUGCCCACCAUCUCGUGGCUCCAGAAUGGGCUGCCUGUCUCCCCGAGCCCACGGCUGCAGGUCCUGGAGGACGGGCAAGUCUUGCAGGUUUCCACGGCAGAGGUGGCCGACGCCGCCAGCUACAUGUGUGUGGCUGAGAACCAGGCGGGCUCCGCUGAGAAGCUCUUCACCCUCAGGGUUCAAGUCGCGCCACGAAUCGCAGGCCUGGACUUGGAGCAGGUCACUGCCAUCCUCAACAGCAGCGUCUCCCUCCCUUGCGAUGUCCACGCUCACCCAAACCCCGAGGUCACAUGGUACAAGGACAGCCAGGCCCUCUCCCUGGGUGAAGAAAUCUUCCUCCUUCCUGGUACCCACACGCUGCAGCUGGGGCGAGCACGGCUGUCGGACUCCGGGACAUACAUAUGCGAAGCCCUCAACGCUGCCGGCCGAGACCAGAAGCUGGUGCAGCUCAGUGUUCUGGUUCCCCCUGCCUUCAGGCAGGCUCCCAGCGGCCCCCACGGUGCGGUCCUGGUUAGGGUCGGGGACAGAGCUGUCCUGAGCUGCGAGACAGAUGCGCUCCCUGAGCCAACUGUGACCUGGUACAAGGAUGGGCAGCCCCUUGUCCUGGCGCAGCAGACCCAGGCUCUGCAGGGUGGGCAGAGGCUGGAGAUCCAGGAGGCCCAGGUGUCGGAUAAAGGUUUAUACAGCUGUAAAGUCAGCAACGUGGCUGGGGAGGCUGUGCGAACUUUCACCCUCACCGUCCAGGUGCCCCCAACAUUUGAGAACCCCAAGACAGAGACAGUGAGUCAGGUGGCUGGGAGCCCCCUGGUCCUGACCUGUGAUGUGUCCGGGAUCCCUGCACCCACGGUCACUUGGCUGAAGGACAGGAUGCCCGUGGAGAGCAGCGUGGUGCACGGUGUGGUCUCCCGGGGGGGACGCCUCCAACUGAGCCGCCUGCAACCGACCCAGGCAGGCACCUACACAUGUGUGGCUGAGAACACCCAGGCCGAGGCCCGCAAGGACUUCGUGGUCGCAGUGCUGGUGGCCCCCCGGAUCCGGAGCUCGGGCACCGCGCAGGAGCACCACAUCUUGGAAGGGCAGGAGGUGCGGCUGGACUGUGAGGCCGAUGGGCAGCCACUGCCGGACGUGGCCUGGCUGAAGGACGGCAGCCCGCUGGGCCAGGACAUGGGCCCCCACCUCCGGUUCUACCUGGAUGGUGGCUCCCUGGUGCUAAAAGGCCUGAGGGCCUCGGACGCGGGUGCCUACACCUGCGUGGCCCACAACCCAGCCGGGGAGGACGCCAGGCUGCACACGGUGAACGUGCUGGUUCCUCCCACCAUUGAGCAGGGAGCAGAUGGCUCGGGGGCCCUGGUGAGCAGGCCUGGGGAGCUGGUGACCAUGGCAUGCCCCGUACGGGGCUCCCCGCCCAUCCAUGUGAGCUGGCUCAAGGACGGCCUGCCCCUCCCGCUCUCCCAGCGCACCCUCCUCCACGGCUCUGGCCGCACCCUCAGGAUUUCCCAGGUGCAAUUGGCAGAUGCCGGCAUCUUCACCUGCGUGGCCGCAAGCCCAGCUGGCGUGGCGGACAGGAACUUCACCUUGCAGGUGCAGGUGCCCCCUGUCCUGGAGCCGGUGGAGUUCCAGAAUGAGGUGAUGGUGGUUCGUGGCUCCGCAGUGGAACUCCCGUGCGAGGCCCGGGGCGUUCCCCUGCCUCUCGUGUCGUGGAUGAAGGACGGGGAGCCCUUGUUGUCCCAGAGCCUUGAGCAGGGACCCAGCCUGCAGCUGGAGACAGUGGGAGCUGGUGACUCGGGGACCUACUCCUGUGUGGCCGUGAGCGAGGCCGGGGAAGCCAGGAGGCAUUUCCAGCUGACCGUCGUGGAGCCCCCUCACAUUGAGGACUCGGGCCAGCCUACAGAGCUGUCGCUGACCCCCGGUGCCCCCAUGGAGCUCCUCUGUGAGGCCCAGGGCACCCCCCAGCCCAACAUCACCUGGCAUAAGGACGGGCAGGCUCUGACCAGGCUGGAGAACAGCAGCAGAGCCACAGGGGUGCUCCGGGUGGAGAGUGUGCAGGUUGGGGAUGCCGGGCUGUACACUUGCCUGGCUGAAAACCCUGCAGGUGCAGUCGAGAAGAGCUUCCGGGUCAGGGUUCAAGCCCCUCCAAACAUUGUUGGGCCCCGAGGCCCCCGCUUUGUGGUCGGCCUGGCCCCGGGGCAGCUGGUCCUGGAGUGUUCAGUGGAGGCAGAGCCAGCACCCGAGAUCACAUGGCACCGAGAUGGCAUCGUGCUGCAGGAGGACGCCCACACACAGUUCCCAGAGCGGGGCAGGUUCCUCCAGCUGCAGGCCUUGAGCACGGCUGACAGCGGCGACUACAGCUGCACAGCCCGCAACGCUGCAGGCAGCACCAGCGUGGCCUUCCGCGUGGAGAUCCACACGGUGCCCACCAUCCGGUCGGGACCACCUGCAGUGAACGUCUCAGUGAACCAGACAGCCCUGCUGCCCUGCCAGGCCGACGGUGUGCCCACACCCCUCGUGAGCUGGCGGAAGGACGGGGUACCCCUGGAUCCCAGGAGCCCCAGGUUCGAAGUUCUGCCUGAGGGUUCCCUGAAAAUUCAGCCAGUCCUUGCCCAGGACGCCGGCCACUACCUCUGCCUGGUAUCCAACUCUGCUGGAUCCGAUCGCCAAGGCCGCGACCUACGGGUCUUUGGUAGGCUCCUGCCCUCCAACGCCCUGCUCCUUGCGGCCCCUGGCCCCCAGGACUCAGCCCAGUUUGAGUGCGUGGUGAGCAAUGAGGUGGGCGAGGCCCGCAGGCUCUACCAGGUGACCGUCCAUGUGCCUCCCACCAUUGCUGACGACCAGACAGACUUCACCGUGACCAUGAUGGCACCCGUGGUCCUCACAUGUCACAGCACGGGCGUACCAGCUCCGACUGUGUCCUGGAGCAAGGCAGGUGCCCAGCUAGGAGCUCGGGGAAGCGGCUAUCGUGUCUCACCAUCGGGCGCCCUGGAGAUCGGGCAGGCCCUCCCCAUCCAUGCAGGCCGCUACACCUGCUCAGCCCGCAACUCUGCCGGCGUCGCCCACAAGCACGUCUUCCUCACCGUGCAAGCCUCCCCAGUGGUGAAGCCGCUGCCCAGCGUGGUUCGGGCAGUGGCAGAGGAGGAGGUGCUGCUGCCCUGCGAGGCCUCAGGCAUCCCCCGGCCGACCAUCACCUGGCAGAAGGAAGGGCUCAAUGUCCUUGCGGGAGUGAGUACCCAGGUCCUACCGGGCGGACAGCUGCGGAUUGCCCAUGCCAGCCCGGAGGAUGCUGGAAACUAUCUCUGCAUCGCCAAGAACAGUGCAGGCAGCGCCAUGGGGAAGACACGGCUGGUGGUGCAAGUCCCACCAGUGAUCGAGAAUGGCCUCCCAGACCUGUCUACCACCGAAGGCUCCCACGCAUUCUUGCCUUGCAAGGCCAGGGGCAGUCCUGAGCCCAACAUCACCUGGGACAAAGAUGGCCAGCCUGUGUCAGGCGCCGAGGGGAAGUUCACCAUCCAGCCUUCUGGGGAGUUGCUGGUGAAGAACUUGGAGGGCCGGGACGCAGGCACCUAUACCUGUACCGCUGAGAAUGCCGUGGGCCGGGCCCGCCGCCGUGUGCACCUCACCAUCCUGGCGCUGCCUGUGUUCACCACCCUGCCUGGGGACCGCAGCCUGCGCCUUGGGGACAGGCUGUGGCUUCGCUGUGCAGCCCGGGGCAGCCCCACCCCUCGCAUUGGCUGGACUGUCAACGACCGGCCAGUCACAGAAGGGGUGUCUGAGCAGGAUGGAGGCAGCACGCUGCAGCGGGCCUCUGUCUCCAGAGAAGACAGCGGGACCUAUGUCUGCUGGGCGGAGAACAGAGUGGGCCGCACGCAGGCGGUCAGCUUCGUCCACGUGAAGGAGGCUCCUGUCCUACAAGGGGAGGCUUUCUCCUACCUGGUGGAACCUGUAGGAGGCAGCAUUCAGCUAGACUGUGUGGCGCGUGGAGACCCAGUGCCAGCCAUCCGCUGGAUCAAAGAUGGCCUUCCACUGCGGGGCAGCCGCCUCCGGCACCAGCUGCGGAAUGGCUCGCUGACCAUCCGCAGGACUGAGAGGGACGAUGCGGGACAGUACCAGUGCCUGGCAGAGAACGAGAUGGGCAUGGUGAAGAAAGUGGUGAUCCUCGUCCUGCAGAGUGCUCCGGUGUUCCAGGUGGAGCCCCAGGACAUGACAGUGAGAUCCGGGGAUGACGUGGCUCUGCGAUGCCAGGCCACUGGAGAGCCCAUACCCACCAUUGAAUGGUUGAGGGCGGGUCAACCCUUGCGGGCCAGCCAGCGACUCCGGACCCUGCCUGAUGGGAGCCUGUGGCUGGAGAAUGUGGAGACUGGGGAUGCAGGCACCUAUGACUGCGUCGCUCACAAUCUCCUGGGCUCUGCCACAGCCCGGGCGUUCCUGGUCGUGAGAGGGGAACCCCAGGGGAGCUGGGGCAGCAUGAUUGGGGUGAUCAAUGGCCGGAAAUUUGGUGUGGCCAGACUCAACACCAGCGUGAUGCAAGAGGUGCGCUCCGGGGUCAGCAGCAUCCGCAGCAGCAUCCACCAUGUCCCAGCAAACGUGGGACCUCUGAUGCGGGUGCUCCUGGUCACCAUCGCCCCCAUCUACUGGGCCCUGGCCAGAGAGAGUGGGGAAGCCCUGAAUGGCCACUCCCUGACCGGGGGCAGGUUCCGGCAGGAGUCACACGUGGAGUUUGCUACAGGGGAGCUGCUCACGAUGACCCAGGUGGCCCGGGGCCUGGAUCCCGAUGGCCUCCUGCUCCUCGACGUGGUGGUCAAUGGCGUUGUCCCCGAGAGCCUGGCUGACGCAGAUCUUCAAGUGCAGGACUUUGAGGAGCGCUAUGUGCAAACAGGGCCUGGCCAGCUGUUUGUGGGCUCCACACAGCACUUCUUUCAAGGCAGCCUCCCCUCGUUCCUGCGCUGCAACCACAGCAUCCAGUACAACGCAGCCCGGGGCCCCCAGCCCCAGCUGGUGCAGCACCUGCGGGCCUCAGCUAUCAGCUCAGCCUUUGACCCACAGGCCGAGGCUCUGCGCUUCCAGCUCACUACAGCCCUGCAGGCGGAGGAGAAUGAGGUCGGCUGCCCUGAGGGCUUUGAGCUGGACUCCCAAGGAGCAUUUUGUGUGGACAGGGACGAGUGCUCAGGAGGCCCCAGCCCCUGCUCCCACACCUGCCUUAACGCACCCGGCCGCUUCUCCUGUGCCUGCCCGGCUGGCUUUGCCCUGGCCUGGGAUGACAGGAACUGCAGAGAUGUGGACGAGUGUGCGGGGGAUGCUCGCCUCUGCCGAGAGGGACAGCGCUGUGUGAACCUGCUCGGGUCCUACCGCUGCCUCCCCGACUGUGGGCCUGGCUUCCGGGUGGCUGCUGACGGAGCCAGCUGUGAAGAUGUGGACGAAUGCCUGGAGGGGUUGGACGACUGUCACUACAACCAGCUCUGCGAGAACACCCCAGGCGGUCACCGCUGCAGCUGCCCCAGGGGCUACCGGAUGCAGGGCCCCAGCCUGCCCUGCCUAGAUGUCAAUGAGUGCUUGCAGCUGCCCAAGGCCUGCGCCUACCAGUGCCACAACCUCCAGGGCAGCUACCGCUGCCUGUGCCCCCCAGGCCAGACCCUCCUUCGCGACGGCAAGGCCUGCACCUCACUGGAGCGGAAUGGACAAAAUGUGACCGCUGUCAGCCACCGAGGCCUUCUAGUGCCCUGGCUGCGGCCCCGGGCCUCGAUCCCUGGUGGCUCCUACCACGCCUGGGUCUCUCUCCGGCCGGGUCCCGUGGCCCUGAGCAGUGUGGGCCGGGCCUGGUGCCCUCCUGGUUUCAUCAGGCAGAACGGAGUCUGCACAGACCUCGACGAGUGCCGGGUGAGGAACCUGUGUCAGCACGCCUGCCGCAACACUGAGGGCAGCUACCAGUGCCUGUGCCCCGCCGGCUACCGCCUGCUCCCCAGCGGGAAGAACUGCCAGGAUAUCAACGAGUGCGAAGAGGAGGACAUCGAGUGUGGACCUGGCCAGAUGUGCUUCAACACCCGCGGCAGCUACCAGUGUGUGGACACACCCUGUCCUGCCACCUACCGGCAGGGCCCCAGCCCUGGGACGUGCUUCCGGCGCUGCUCGCAGGACUGCGACACCGGCGGCCCCUCCACGCUGCAGUACCGGCUGCUGCCGCUGCCCCUGGGCGUUCGCGCCCACCACGACGUGGCCCGCCUUGCCGCCUUCUCCGAGGCCGGCGUCCCAGCCAACCGCACCGAGCUCAGCGUGCUGGAGCCGGACCCGCGCAGCCCCUUCGCGCUGCGCCCGCUGCGCGCGGGUCUCGGCGCGGUCUACACCCGUCGCGCGCUCACCCGCUCUGGCCUCUACCGGCUCACCGUGCGCGCCGCGGCGCCACGCCACCAAAGCGUCUUCGUCCUGCUCAUCGCCGUGUCCCCCUACCCCUACUAAACGGGAGAGGGCAUUGGCGGCUGCCCCGGUGUGACCCCCGAGGAAGGGGGCCAGGAGGAGCUUGGUCCACGCCACCUGCUGUGGCAAGCGGAGCGUCAUCGUCUCUCGCCCCGUGCGUCAGCGAGACCUUGGGUCAACACGACCCUGCGCGCAGCCUUGACCCCCGACAGCGAGGACCUGAGCUCACAGAGGGAGGCGUCCGGGGCGGUCCUUGGGUGGCCAGGCCCGCAGGCAGGGCCCGGGGAAGCCUCCAGGUCUGAUCCGCCCCUCAGUGGGAGCGGGACAGGGACACAGGGCACCUGGACGCCCGGGGGAGGAGGCAGACUCCGCGUUGGGGGUGGCAGCAGCUAUCUGGCGGUGUCAUUCUGAACCCUGUUGCAAUAUAAAAAGAUUGCUUUUUUAAC